CUCACUACCUCUGCAGUACCUCUCCUGCUCAUUCCUCCCUGAGCUGGUUGGGGAGACACGCUGAUUUUUCUGCUUUUCCGCCUGCUGGCUCUGCUCCAGCAUCCCUCCGUGCCUCUCGGGUACUAUCCUCCCCCCUCCAGCCUAUGUGUCCCUCUGUGGGUUUUGACAGCCAGCCUGCUUCCCUGGCUGCUGCUGCUGGAGCAGUGGAGCUGUUUGACACCACACUGCUACGCCGCCUUGCUUCUCCUAUCUGCCUCACACUCUCCUCUGCUGGAUAAUCACCACUGAGUCUGAAAGAGACCGCGACAGAGGACUCGGGAAUCAAAAGGGAAGGCGGGAGGGAGAUAAGAGAGCCUUUCGUUUGACUGCUGCAUUCUUCUUCUUCAGUUUUCCCAUCUCUGGCCUGCUGGAGUGCAGCACAGGGAACAACUGCUCGGGGGGGAAAAACUCCCUGAAGGAAUUUAUUCCCUUCUCGUAAGCGUCCUCCCUCGCUGGGACAGAGGAGGAGAGAAGAGGGGAGGGACUGAGUGCAGGACUUCAGCUCAGGGUCCCACCCUGCUCAUAGGACAAACACACGCACAAACACAUUUGGAUAGAUUGGACACAGUGCAGUCAGACAGGGACAGAUUGACACAUUUAGACAGACAGGCAGACAGACAGGUGGUGUCAUGGCGUCAGUGGACAGCACCGGUUCGAGGGUCUCUGGUCGGCUGAGAUCAGGGGAUAUACUUCACACUGGGCUGGUAGUUGCACUCCUGCUGGGUGUGUGGAGUGUCGGUGGCCUGGAGGUGUCGACAGGUAAAGUGCCUCACCUUUUCGCGAUUAACGGCUCCACAGUGCUGCUGCCCUGCACGUACGCCUCCUGCAUCGGCAUCAAAAACCUCUACUUCAACUGGCACUACAACAACAAUGGAAGCAUGAUGAAGUUGUGUGAAGCGGUGAUCCCCAUCGAGGGUGUCGAGCCCAAGGUCAUUGUGUACCACGAGCGUGUGGAGUUUGUCGGCACCUCGAAGGGCAACAACAUCUCCAUCCUGCUGUAUAACAUCACUUACGAAGACGAUGGAGAGUACAUCUGUUUCGCCAAGAACGAGAAGGAGAAGAACCGCAACCACAGCGCCAGCUACAUGCUCUACGUGGUGGACCAAAUGAAGGAGAUUGACACGACGUUGACCACCAUCAUUGUCUCAGUGGUGGGGGGAGUCAUUGGCCUGUCUAUCCUUGGCAUGGUAAUCAAGGCCUUGGUGAUUAACUUCCUGCUGAAGGAUGAUGAGAAGAACAAAGAGUGUCUGGUGAGCUCAGGGAAUGACAACACAGAAAAUGGACAUUCAGGAGCCAAAGCAGACAACAAAGGGACACCAAAGGCAUGAGCAAAAUGCAAAGUAUGUCUGUAUGUUUGUAUAUAUGUUAGACAAAUGUACACGCUCAGAGAAAAUGCUGUUCAGUGGACUGUUUUAUCUUACUAGCGGCUAACAUGUAAAUGUCUAUUUUAAAUCAUGCUUGAGAUUUGGGGAGGGGGGAAUGUGCAAAACCGUAAAUCCUUCUCUCACCUUCACGAAAGCCCGUUCGUUACACAGUGUGCAGCCUAAGUGAUCAAAAUAUGCUCUAAUAUCUGACACUUUUUCUACAGUAGAGCCUUAAGUGGCCUCGAACAGAGUGGUGCAGGAAUGAGUCCUUAUGAGUCGGUAUUUUAGCUUAUCGGGGCUCCCUUGUCUUGGAGGGUCAGUUGUUCUUUGAAUGAGUUUUUGGUUCCUGAAAUAAGGUCUGUGUGGUUAACGCAAGCUUAUGAGCUGUUCACGUUUUGUUUAAAGACGUCAAAUAAGUCAGCAAACACACAACUUGCAAAAAAAGUCAUCACGCCGAACAUUAGCCGCAUUUGACAUAGUUGUACAAAAGUAUUAAUGAUUUCAACGUUGGCCUAGUUUGCAGCUGCAACCAAUCAGAUAACAGCUCUAUGUAACGCUAGCAGGGGAGGUAACCAUAGAAAUUAACUUAACUAGCGGUUUUCAACCAAAGACUCUGCGCCCUACCCUGCAGUGAGCAAAGAGCGCAUCAUGUGAAGGCAGCUUUAGAAAUGGAGAUUAUCCCACUGAAGAAUAUGUGUUGUGUACGUAUCAUAAAUGUUUCCCUCAAAGCUUAUUUUGUGCAUAUUUUCAAAGUCUAUUUUAAACAUCCCAUUGGCCAGUCUAGUCUAAGUAUAGUCUAUAUAGUAUAUAUAGUAUUAUAUAUAUAUUAUAUAUAUAUAUUAUAUAUAUAUAGUAUAGUCUAAGUAUAAGUCCAAUCUAGUCGAGGGUGCCCUUGUCAUCACUGCACCACUCUGUUCACCCUUUUACAACAUGUAUUGAGGAACGACUUUGAAAAUCCUCAGAUGUAGUUUUAAUUGUAUAUUCCAAAUGUCAAUAAUCAACUGCCAACAGUUUUGUUAGAUUCUUCCAUUUAGAGUCAAACUUGGACCCAAACAAGUUACACUUUGAUGACACUAGGACAUGCCACAAUCUAUGAACUGCCAAGAUGUCGACCGACCGAAGAACAGCACAGAAUACAGAAUACAUAAAACCAGAGGACCACUCAGCCAGAGUUUUGAUAAUGAAGGUUAUAGCCAACAUUUUUCUGGUUUUAAUCAAAUAACAUUUACAUUUAGGUACAAAUAAUGUGCUACUAAUCAAACACUGUUUACAUUUGUUUGUUUGCUAGUAGUUUUUUUUAAAGGAUUUGUUGACAUUGUAGUCCUAAACUCAUAAUUACUGCCGAUGCAAGCUUCAACUUUACCUUGCAUGUUUACAGCUGGGUCCAGGUUUGACAUGUGGUUGUUUUAUUAAAAAAAAAAUGUUUUUGAUCAACUUUACGGCUUGCUUAGUCUGACAACUGGCUUUCUUAGGUGAGAGAAGGACCAGGAUGCACAGGUUUUAUUGUUUUGCUUUAGAUGAAACACUGGUGCCUGUUCUGCUUCGUCUCCCCCUGCUGGUGGGAGGACAAAAAACACAAAAUAAUUAUUUAAAAAAAAAAAAAACUACCAACCCUAUCCUUCAUCAAAGACAAUCCCUACCUAGACUACCCAGCUCCCUAUAGAAAUGAAUGAACUUAAUCAUGCUGCUUCUGACUAAUAACCAAUGCAUUUUUAGCAUGUGCGCAUUUUAUAUAACUUCAUAUGUUGUCUGGCACCACAGUACAUGGACAUUUAUGUGUGUCUCUGUAUGAUCCCAUUUAACCAUUCACGUUAAUUGACCAAAGCUCCGUCAAUAAGCACUUCCCAACACUGCUUUUCUGACCCCUUUUAACUAAAGGUGGCUCCUAUAUAAUAAAGUAAUUGCCUGCAGGUAAUUGUGGGAAAGAGAGGGUGAAAUACAUUUAACACCUACAGAAAAAUAAGAACAAUAUCUUUAAAUGUGACUAAUACAAUUCAACCACUGCUAGAAAACCUUAAGAACAUGGCACUUUUGUUCAUUAGCAUAAUGAAUCACUUCCGUAUGUCCGCGCUUAUAUGCAGACUCUUACUGGCUACCUUUCCAAACACAAACUUGCUCCUAGAACACUUUACACAUAGAUGUAUUUGUGCUAAAAAAUAGUCCAUUGAUAGUGCCUCAGUAAUGCAGGCAGCACAGCAUUGAGACAGAUCACUGAAAGAAUGUAAAGACUGUCAGGGAAUAGAUGUUAAAUAUUGUCCAAAAAAAUAUUAUAUUUUAAUGAAUUCUAAAAGUAAUAUUCAAUAUAUAAAUAUAUUAUUAUCAAAUGAAUGUGUGAAUAUCCCAAAAGGCCAGUGGUUCAUUCUUCUUCGUCGUUUUAUUAUAUGUGACCCUACCAAGACUUUAAGUGUGUUGCUCAGUUCAUUGGUUACUCGUGACUGUAUCCAGGAAUGUUAAGCAUUGAAGACUAUAUUCAUUGUUUGCUUUUAAUUAAGUCUGGUGUCUCAGCACUAAAAACAUGCAUUGGUAAGAACAGAUGAGGAAGUGGCGAAUAGUAAUGGUAGAAUAUUUAGAAGUCAUCACAACUUUAAGAGAAGAGAUAUGGAUAGAGUUCACAAAGCUUUCAUUACUUCUUCUUCAUCUCGUGAUAAACAAACAUGGAUCAAUUUAGUGCUAAGAGGAAGACUGGGAACUAGAAGCUUCUCUCUAUGCGACUCAGUGCGAGAAGCCACCUCUUUGAAUAGCUAUAACAGUGGAACACUACACAAAAACAUACCUAUAAGAGCCACUUCUUUGAGUGUCGUAAACUGGCCUUGUAUUCAAACAAUACAGCACUUUAACGCAAUCCAGAGUGGGUGCACAACACAGGAAGUGACUUCUGAAUGGUCGUUCUUUUAUCAUUUUUUACAAAAGUAAACUAAAUCCAAGGUUUUCUCGUACCUCACCACAGCAUUGUCUGACUACAUGUUGGAUGAGUUUUACUGGAAGAUGUUAUUUCUUUUUUCUAAUCUCCAUCAGCCUGAUGCGCUCUAAAACUGGAGUGCAUCUCCCUUCUUGCUUUCAAUGGAAGCAAUAAGACAGACAACAGAUUAUGCAAUAACCUGUUAUAGGGCACUUUAAAGACGUGUCUGGACUGGCUUUGAUUGAAACUUUGACACUUUCAUUAUAUGUGUGUAUCUACACUGUGUUAAUGUAUUUCAGUUGGACUAAUGCAUGGACAUUAGAUUCAAACUGUGCAUUAGACAGAUGUUUCUUCUUUGGAAAACUGUACUAGCUACUAACAUGUGACUGUUCAGUGUUAGAAGUCAUACAGCGUCCUUGAUGUGAUAUAAAACUGUGAAUGUUAUGGAUAUAAGAAAGCACUACACAUACGGACACACACAAUUGCAUCCUUGUCUAAAAAAGUCUUGUGCAUAUGUCUCUGUGAAAAGGGUACACAUGUACCUUCAAAGUCUUCCUGUAGGGAAAAGCAAUAUUGUGGUGUUGGUCUGUCUGUUAGUGUUAAUUUCUGAACUCAUGCUUUGACAUAGCAUAACAAACAGGUGGAUUUGUGUAGAGAAUGUGAUGCAUAACUUGUAUAUUUCUGGAUACAACAUCCAUUUUGUGAUCCCUGUUUUUCUGUGACUUGAUUUUUUUAUGCUUUCUAGAGUGAAGCCCAUUAAUAGAGAUUUGUUCUGACUUUAUGUGGAAGUAAGAAUGUAUUUUUUUUAAGUAAAACAACUCAAAAAGUGUAAAACCAUGUCAAAAUAUUCCCAGUAAACCAAAUUCAGGUAUAUGGGAUGUAGUACCCUGUGGAAAUGUACUCAAACGACCAAAAGCAAAGGCUGAUUUUUAAUAUUUUUCUCAUAUAAGCCCAUUUGUACACCUGCCUGUCUUUAAUAUCUGAACCUUACAUGAGUCUUGAGGUUUGUUUACCGCUUAUAUAGUGAUUGCUGCAGUACUGAGUCUGCCCUGUACAGUGUUGGAUGCUUCUCUGCAGUGGUGCAAUACACCCCGAAAAUACACAAUGACUGCCACCCAGUGGUAAACGCCUGCCACAUAUAGUACAAGCUAAUGAAACAUAAUGCAUUCUAUGAUUUCAGAUUGAAAUGGAAAACAAAGAGUUCCUUUUAUGUAAAUGACUACACUUUUCACAGUGGAGGAAACAUAAACCUCAUUUUAAAUGCUUUUAGAUCAUGCUUUUAGUUGGAUUGUUUACACGUAUACAUCAUUCUAAUCCCUGUGCCCAUUGGGCGUUUAAGAAAAAUGGGGGACGAGUGUGUAUUAAAUCUGCUAGGAAAAGGAAACAUGCAACUAUUUGUUCAAAUGUGAAUCCUUUAUCAAAUUGCUCCCCUUGUGAGCAUUGAAAAGUUACCUUUAGUCUCAGUGUUAAAGUCACAGGUCUAACUAAAGGACCAGACUGACCACUAUGAUUCCUUAAAGCUAGUAUUGCUCUUACUGCCAGAGCGGCUGAAACUCAUACUGCCAAUCCAAGAGUCUCACGUCUGCUGUACACUAUAUUACAAUGACUCUCGACGUCCCUUAGUACACACUUUACUGAAACAUGUUGCAUUGCCGUCUACCGCUGUAUUAAAAGUACUAAAUGAUAUUGCUCUGUAAUACUUCUGUAUCUGUAGCAGCUGGAACUCACACUGCCAAGCCAAGAGUCUGACGUCUGCUUCCCACAUUCCACACAGAGAAAAGAGAUCGAAAAACGGAUUUAAUGCCGGAGUAAAAUGUAACUUGACUACUAUCCUGAUCCAAUGGGAUGAUCAAGGAAAUAGGAGCAACAUGUUACUUAUUUUUGCUAUUGUUUUCCUAUUCAGAAUCAAAGGAUUAUAGUUAGGAACGGCAAACAAUGAUGCAUUUUCUGACUUGUUGCGUGUCGAAACGGAUUAUUUCAUAGACUAAGGCUAGCUAGCUCAACAUUUGAAAUAAAAGCACAGGCUUAAACCGAACUUUUCACAUUUUCCCUCUGCCGUUCUGACUAUUUCAACCAUAUUUUGUACAUAGCGGCUGUCAUUAAAUUAAGAACUCAUUAAUAGUACAGUAUAGAAAUUAUAGUGUUUUAUAGAAGUCAACGUCUUGCAGCAAGUGACUUUAUCUUGCAUACAUCAGCACAGUCUAUUCAACACGUACACAACACAUCCCCAGGUUUCCCCUGAUGUCCAGCUGUAUGUCUGUGUUUGUGCUCCCUUCAUGACUAUGCACCCCUAACUUUUGACUUGUUAAAAAAAAUACAUACUGGAAAUAAAAUGUUGUUUGAAA